CCCACUAAUAAUUCUCCAUGGAUUAUUUGGCUCAAAACAGAAUUGGAGAUCAUUGGCAAAAGUAUUCGCUCAACGAUUGAAUACUCGCGUCUUUACUUUGGAUCUAAGAAACCAUGGCGAAAGUCCACAUUCUGAAGUGCACAACUAUGAGGUUAUGGCCGAAGAUGUUGUAACAUUUAUGAAUGAACACCAGCUUAAAAGAACAGUUGUAAUGGGACAUUCUAUGGGAGGGAAGGUUGCUAUGACCAUCGCUCUUAUGCAAGCACCUCAGAUUGAUCAGCUUGUGGUUGUCGAUAGUGCACCAACCAAUGCUUACAUAUCAGAUAAGUUUAAUACUUAUGUCGAAGUAAUGAAAAAAAUUGAGCAAGCUGGAGUCAUGAAGCAAAGCCAGGCUGAUGAAAUAAUGAAAG